AUGGUGUAUGCAGAUGACCCUGGCUCAUCGGUAGCUCCUGGCUAUGAUACCCCUCCAGGAUCCGCCUCAAAUAUAUACGGCUUCUCAGGACCGGACGGUAGCGAGCCAUGGUCUCGGCCAUCUCACCAUCACCACCAUCUACCAGACAUGAGUCGCUCAUCGAUGCAUGGAGAGAGCAGCCAAGAUGCACACAACUUGGUUGGAAGGGAAGGAAUGCCUUCUCCUGCUCGGCGACCCCAACGGCCAAGGAUUAAGUUCACUCAAGAAGAAGAUGAACUUCUGAUUGAGCUCAAAGAGCAGAAGAACCUCACAUGGAAGCAAAUUGCCGAAUUCUUCCCCGGCCGCAAUCCAGGCACCUUGCAAGUGAGAUACUGUACAAGACUAAAGACUGACUCUGCACCAUGGACAAGGGAGAUGGACGAGAGAUUGCUAGACGCUUUACAAAACUAUGAAGAUGAAAAGUGGCGCAUCGUUGCACAGCGAGUCGGCGGUGGAGUAACGCCAAUGGGGUGCUGCAAUCGUGUGUGGGAGCUGUUUAAUGAUGACAUUGACGAUUCUCCCCAGUUUCCAUUCCCAAAUGACGGUUGA